CGCAAAGCUUUGACGCGCGUGACGCUAUCACGCGCACAUGCGAAUAGGAAGCGCGGUGCUCAUCGCGUGAAGUGAAAAUGGCCCCGCGUGCUCAGGUUAAGAUUGGUAUCAUCGGUGGUUCUGGUCUUGAUGAUCCUGACAUCCUGGAGGGCCGGACUGAGCGCUAUGUGGAGACACCGUUUGGAAAGCCAUCAGACGCUCUGAUUCUAGGCAAGAUCCGAGAUGUGGACUGUGUGCUGCUCGCCAGGCACGGCAGAAAACACACCAUCAUGCCGUCUAAUGUAAAUUAUCGUGCGAAUAUCUGGGCUUUGAAAGAGGAGAAGUGUACUCACAUCCUCGUCACCACGGCAUGCGGCUCGCUGAGGGAGGACAUCCGGCCAGGGGACAUUGUCCUCAUCGACCAGUUCAUUGACAGGACGACUAAGAGAGCUCAGACGUUUUAUGAUGGUGAACCCAGCAGUCCUCCAGGUGUGAGUCACAUCCCCAUGGCAGAACCGUUCUGCUCCCGAACCAGAGAGGUGCUGAGUGAAGCAGCGAGGUCCCUUGGUGUGCCUUUUCAUGCAAACGGUACAAUGAUAAGUAUUGAGGGUCCACGGUUCUCCUCACGUGCCGAGUCUUUGAUGUUUCGUCAGUGGGGUGCUGAUGUCGUCAACAUGACCACUGUCCCCGAGGUGGUUCUCGCCAAGGAAGCAGGUCUCUGCUAUGCCGCUGUCGCCAUGGCAACUGACUAUGAUUGCUGGAAGCAGAACGAGGAGGCGGUGUGUGUGGACAAUGUGCUGAAAACCAUGAAAGAAAACUCAAACAAAGCGAGCAGCAUCUUACUGACGGCUAUCCCACUGAUCAGCCAGCUCAACUGGGAGGAGACGAUCAGCCAGCACCAAGCGAUGGCUCAGUUGGCCGUGAUGCUGCCCAAGAAUUGAUCAUCCUGAUGGACAGACAGACAGGCAGAUACACACACACACAUAAAAACACACUUCUGUAUCAAGCUAAGUGCCUGAUCAUAUUUUAACAAGAACACAAGGUUUGCAGAAAAAUAAAACUCCCUUAAUUGCUUGGUUUUUAGUUUAAUCAUGUUUUUUAAUUAUUGGUGUUUAAUAGUAAUCACAUCUCAGCAGCCUGAACAAUAAACACCAAAACUUUCUCAUUCCA